AUGCUAGAACUACCUGGGCUCCGGCGUCCCCAAGAAACAGGAAGUGUUUUCCCGCUCAAGGACAAUGACAUCGCAAAUCUCAGUCGAGACCAACUCAUCCACGCUCUGGAUGCUGCUCCACCCUUAUGGGAGAACGGAGGGGUCCGAAUCGUGCGUGUUUCCUCGGGCGUCGUUGUCAAGUACGGCUCCGACGUCCACAUCUGGGAAGCCGCCAAUAUGCGAUUUGUCGCCCAACAUACAAACAUUCGGCUUCCCACGGUUCUAGACGCAUGGGAGACAAACGGGGAGAGCGGUCACGAAGAUACCAUAUGCUAUAUCGCGAUGAGUUACAUACGCGGCCAACAGCUUGACGAAGUCUGGCCUACACUGAGUGACGCUUCUCGCUGCGAUAUCCAGCAACAGUUGCACCAAUUCAUACAAGAGCUUCGACUUCUCAAAUCGGAUAAACCGGGUCCAAUCGGUGGCGGUGUCUCGAAUGGCGCCUUUUUCACCGACUAUGGCGCUGGCCCGUUCGUCUCCCAGGAGGAUAUGGAGCGGUGGUUUGAUGGCCGCCUUGCAGUCUGCCGUCAGUUUGGCCUCGUGGACCAGGCGCAGGAGGGCUUUCGCGGCCUUUUUCGAGACCUCGCGAUGUGUCAUAUGGAUCUUCACCCACGAAAUAUCAUUCUGGAUGGUCGGGGAAAGGUCUGGUUGAUCGAUUGGGCGUUUGCAGGGAUGUAUCCUGCAUAUUUCGAGACUGCUUCUAUCCUAAGGAACGGCUGGACGACCUAUUUCGGAGAUUGGCUGGGUCAGGGGGAUCGUGCGCGGUUUGGCGAGGAGAUAAACCGUCUCUUCUCCAUAUCAUUUGCGUUGACGACUGGAGCGCUAUGCCAGCCAACCGAGACAACCCAUGACAUGACCCGUUGA